AUGCUGCUGCACCAGAAAUCUAAGAAACUGCAGCUCCUGCUGUUGCAGAAAAUCCAGGCAGAAGGUGACCAGGAGCUGGUGUUUGCAGUCCCCUCCUGGGAGUCCUUGUGUGCGGCCGAGCACUGCGGCAGUGCGGGAGGGCGGGCGAGGGCUCUGCGCCUCUCGCCGGAGGUGCCCGUGGCCCGGCUGGCUGUGCCCGGGGUUCCCGCUGCAUCUCCGGCAGCCCGAGGAAUCCCCCGGGAGCUGCUUCCUCCUCUGCCCGCCAGGCCGGUGCGGUUGGGUUGGGCAGGAGUGCUCUGGAGCCUGCGGGGAGAAAUCCGGACUCAGCUGGUCGAGCAGUUCAAAUGCCUGGAGCAGCAGUCGGAGUCCCGCCUGCAGCUGCUGCAGGACCUGCAGGAGUUCUUCCGCAGGAAGGCUGAGAUCGAGCUGGAGUACUCCAGGAGCCUGGAGAAACUGGCUGAACGCUUCUCCUCCAAGAUACGCAGCUCCAGAGAGCACCAGUUCAAGAAAGAUCAGCACCUACUUUCCCCGGUGAACUGCUGGUACCUGGUUCUGACGCAGACCCGGCGAGAGAGCAGAGAUCACGCCACCCUGAAUGACAUCUUCAUGAACAAUGUCAUCGUCCGGCUGUCACAAAUCAGUGAGGAUGUCAUCAGGCUCUUUAAAAAGAGUAAGGAGAUUGGCUUGCAGAUGCAUGAAGAACUCCUGAAAGUCACCAACGAGCUUUACACGGUGAUGAAGACCUACCACAUGUAUCAUGCAGAAAGCAUCAGUGCUGAGAGCAAGCUGAAGGAGGCGGAGAAGCAAGAGGAAAAGCAGUUCAACAAGUCAGGGGACAUCAGCGUGAACCUUCUGCGGCACGAGGACCGGCCUCAGCGGCGGAGCUCUGUCAAGAAGAUUGAGAAGAUGAAGGAGAAGAGGCAAGCCAAAUAUUCUGAAAACAAGCUGAAGUGUACUAAAGCCAGGAACGACUACCUGCUGAACCUGGCAGCCACCAACGCAGCUGUCAGUAAAUACUACAUCCACGACGUCUCCGACCUCAUUGAU